AUGCACGUCAUCCCCAUCGCCAUGUCGCUGCUGGUGACGUUCCUUUCGGCGUUGACUAUUUUGGGCACGCCAGCUGAAGUAUAUACCUACAAUUCCAUGUUCUGGUGGAUCUGUGUGGGGUUUGUCCUCGCCACGGUGGGAGCGGUCCGAGUAUUCAUACCCUUCUUCUACAGACUUGGGACGACCAGCGUGUUCGAGUACCUGGAAAUGCGCUUUGGCCGGAGUGUUCGCUUCAUCGUGUCCCUCCUGUUCGUUAUUCAAAUAAUGCUGUAUAUGUCAUUCGUCCUGUACGCUCCCUGCCUCGCGCUCAGUGCAGCUACUGGUCUCAGCCUGUGGGGUUCUGUGCUGUCUGUGGGGGUCGUGGCUACCUUGUACACAGCUCUGGGCGGAAUGAAGGCGGUAGUGUGGACGGACACCUUCCAGGCGUUCGUCAUCCUGGCCGGCCUCUUCGCUAUCCUCAUCCGGGGCUCCGCUGUGGUGGGCGGGUUUGAUAAGGCCUGGAUGAUCGCUGACAAACGCUCCAGGAUUGUGUUCCAUGAUUUCGACACUGACCCCACCACCCGACAUUCCUUCUGGUCCCUGGUGGUAGGCGGCGGUUUCAUGUGGAUGUCGCUGUACGGAGUUAACCAGGCGCAGGUGCAGCGAGCCUUAUCCUGUAGGAGCAUCACCAAGGCCCAGAUAGCAUUGGUCCUCAACACCGUCUUCCUCAUCAUCGUCAUCAGCAUGUGCUGCAUGAUUGGCAUCGUCAUGUACGCCUUCUACUCCGACUGCCACCCCGUCAAGUUCAACAACCUCAUCUCCAGGACGGACCAGAUGCUGCCACUCCUCGUGAUGGACAUCCUCGGCGUCUACCCAGGGAUACCCGGCAUGUUUGUGUCCUCCCUCCUCAGUGGCAGUCUCAGGUUAGUGUGUGUCCUGUCUACUGGUGGCAGUCUUCGGUAUGUGUGUGUCCUGUCUACUGGUGGCAGUCUCCGGUAUGGGUGUGUCCUGUCUGCUGGUUACAGUCUCAGUCUCAGGUAUGCGUGUGUCCUGUCUACUGGUGGCAGUCUCAGGUAUGCGUGUGUCCUGUCUACUGGUGGCAGUCUCAGGUAUGCGUGUGUCCUGUCUACUGGUGGCAGUCUCAGUCUCAGGUAUGUGUGUAUCCUGUCUACUGGUUACAGUCUCGGAUAUGUGUGUGUCCUGUCUACUGGUAGCAGUCUCAGUUCCAUCUCCUCGGGGUUGAACGCUAUUAGCGCCGUCGUUCCCGGCGACCUCAUCAAGCCCUGGUGCUACAGCAACAUCUCUGACAGGUCCUCCGCCAUCAUGUCAAAGGUUAUAGUGGCACUGAGCGGCUCCAGCAUCAUGCUUCUCUGCUUCGUUGUGUCGCGGAUGGGCACGCUGCUUCAGGCGGCUGCUGCAGCUACAUCCCUCCUGAACGGUCCAAUCUUCGGCAUCUUUGUCCUCGGCAUGUUCUUCCCUUGGGCAAACACGAAGGGCGCAAUUGUUGGCAGCAUAACAUCGGUAGCAUUCAUGGCCUGGAUCGGAGUUGGCGCGUUUGUGCACAGGACAGCAAGUAGCGUCCGCUCGCCCAUCUUCACUCAUGGAUGCAACUGGAACGUAACCAUGGAUAAUAAUAAUACAGUAUCUAUGACGACAGCCUCAACUGUCUUGGAGUCGAACGUGACAACACUUGCAAUGACGACAGACGCAAGCUCAAGCGUAUUCCUCCCCUUGUACUCGCUGUCCUACAUGUACUACACGCCCACCGCCAUGGCUGUCCUGGUACUGGUGGGGCUUGGCACCAGUCUCCUCACAGGACCACGCCAGCCAUCCAGCUUGGAUCCCCGCCUCAUCAGCCCGCUGUUUGACCGUCUGUUCCCCUGUCUGCCGGAGAUGCUUCUCAAACCCCUCAGAUGCGGCGUGGACCAUGGCCUAGAUAAACAGGGCUAUAAUGUAGCAUCAGUUUUGUCCGGAGACGAUUCGUCUUUCGGCAAAGGAAUCAGGACACAAGCAGAUACCAGUGCAGCUGACAAUGGCUUGACCCUGCUUCACACCUACUCCUAG